AUGGAUCAUCAGCUCCAUUCUCCAAUAGAACAGCACCAGCUUUCUUUCCAGAGUAGCUCCAGUACUACCAGCGACAACAGCAACAGCAGUACCAACACCACCUCCUCUGCCGCCGCCGCCGCUACCGUCGUUGGGGACGCCGCCGCCGCCGCCGCUGGUCCUAGCAGGAGGGGGAAGGGCAAAGGUGGGCCCGAGAACGGGAAGUUCAGGUACCGUGGAGUGCGGCAGCGGAGCUGGGGGAAGUGGGUGGCGGAGAUCCGAGAGCCGAGGAAGCGGACCCGCAAGUGGCUGGGGACCUUCUCCACCGCGGAGGACGCAGCCAAGGCCUAUGACCGGGCGGCGCUCAUCCUUUACGGCCCACGAGCGCAGCUCAACCUCCAAACCUCCUCCUCCGCUGCCGCAACCGGCCAUCACUCCAACAGCACCACCGCUGCAUCCUCCGCCACCACUACUCUUCGGCCGCUACUCCCUCGUCCCUCCGUCUUCCCCUUCCCCAUACCUCCACCAGCCGGCGCCUCCACUUCUUACAACUACCCGCCCCCGUUCCUAUACGCCAACAUGACCGACAGCACGAUCAUGGCCCCCGGGCCCCCUAUGGAACCACCAAGCGUAGAGGUCGGAGCGUUGGGGACCGCGCCGGGACCGGUCGUGGCUUCGGGGCCUAGCAGCCUCGGCUUCAGCGAUCCGGCCAUGGAGGAGAUCAGCUCCUUGGCAGGGUCGGUCAGUUCGAGCUUAUCUCUCUCAUGCCCGCCGGUGAUGACGACGGAGAGCAUGGGCUCGGCGCCGCUCGUGUCCUCACCAUUGUGGCCUUACGAUGACUACGAUGUGGCGGCUUCUUGCCUGUGGGAUGAGACCGACCCAUUCUUCUUCGACAUAUGA